CAGAAGUAAACUCCGGACAAGAUGCGCUGCUACCUGGCCCUGCCGCUCCUGCUGCUGGGCAUUAGCCUCACGUUGGCCCAGUACCAGUACCAGGCUCCCCAUCAAACCCUCGCCCAGCAGUUCGCCGAUGUGGUGGAUGUAGCCGAUCCCAAUCCCAAUCCCAUCGAUCAGGUCCGCGCCAGGCCAGUGAAGAAUCGCAAUCAGUGCACCACCAAGCAGAAUUGCUUCUGCGGAACUCCUAAUGUCAAUCGUAUUGUGGGCGGCCAGCAGGUGCGCUCCAACAAGUAUCCCUGGACCGCCCAGCUGGUCAAGGGUCGCCACUAUCCCCGUCUCUUCUGCGGCGGUUCCCUGAUCAACGAUCGCUACGUCCUGACUGCCGCCCAUUGUGUGCACGGCAACCGGGAUCAGAUCACCAUUCGCCUGCUCCAGAUCGACAGAUCCUCCCGGGAUCCUGGCAUUGUUCGCAAGGUUGUGCAGACCACCAUCCAUCCCAAUUACGAUCCCGUCAACAUUGUCAAUGAUGUGGCCCUUCUGAAGCUCGAGUCCCCCGUUCCCCUGACUGGAAACAUGCGUCCUGUCUGCCUGCCCGAGGCCAAUCAGAACUUUGAUGGCAAGACCGCCGUCGUCGCUGGUUGGGGUCUGAUCAAGGAGGGUGGUGUCACCUCCAACUAUCUGCAGGAGGUGAGUGUGCCGGUCCUCAGCAAUCAGCAGUGCCGCCAGACGCGCUACAAGAACAAGAUCGCCGAGGUGAUGCUCUGCGCUGGUCUGGUGCAGCAGGGUGGCAAGGACGCCUGCCAGGGUGACAGUGGUGGCCCACUGAUCAUCAACGAGGGUCGCUACAAGCUCGCCGGCGUGGUGUCCUUCGGCUACGGAUGUGCCCAGAAGAACGCACCAGGUGUCUACGCCAGGGUCAGCAAGUUCUUGGACUGGAUCCAGAAGAACACCGUCGAUGGCUGCUACUGCCAGAGCUAGAUCAUUUCUCUAAAGAAACUCAUUUGCUUGCUCCAUUCCUAAAUUAUUCUAAAUUAUUGAAAAGAAAUUUGCA